UGCUUCAUAUACACCGCCAGGACGAAGCGGGCUGAGCCGUGCCGAGCCGUGCUAACCCGGGCUCGUGCUCUAACAUUCCCUCGGCCACUCACCGGAGCUGAGGUCUCUGCAGGUAAACAAACCGGACCGGACCGCAGCAGUGGACCGGGACACGUGGAGCGAAUGGAAUCGUGCAGGAAACCUAUUUUUUUUUUCCACCGUGUUUUCCUCUUACGUCAUGUGAUUUCGCCAGCCAAUGAGAAGUUAGACGCUCGGUCACGUGAGUUGGGGAAGCAUUCGACUGUGUUUCCGGGUUCGUUCCUUGUUGCUUCGUGGUCCUGUUCCUGCAGGAGAGGAGAGAGACACGGCGGGACAGACAGACAGGAUGAUCGAUAACCCUAACCCUAUCAAUAACCGUCUCAAGCACCUGUGACGUCAUGUCCAAACAGAGGAGCUCUGCUAAAACUCUGAUCAUCACAGACGAUGAGCAGCUGGAGGCUGAGGAGCUGAACCCGUUCUCCUUCAGAGAGUUUCUUCGCUGGAAGAGCCAGGACCAGGACCCAGAACUGGACCAGGACCAGGAACUGGACCAGGACCAGGACCAGGACCUGGAACUGGACCAGGACCAGGAACUGGACCAGGACGAGGAGAGCGAGAGGUUACUUGACGGCGGCUACGUGACCUUUGACCCCUCAGUCAGCUGUUUCUGUCCGGAGGAGGAUUGGGGGCGGAGCCUCCAGUGUGGUGUUGACAGCACCUCCUCCCUCUGCACAGAGGAGGAGGAGGAGGAGGAGAGGACCAGGUUCUCCUCCAAACCUGAAGUCCAGGUGCGGGAGCUGUCGGAGGAGCUGCUGCAGCGGAGGCGUCGGGAGGAGAAGGAGGCGCAGGACCUGGAGAGCAUGGUUCAGUCUGUGGAGCAGAACCUCAGCCUGAUGACGAAGCGAGCGGUGAAAGCAGAGACCUGUGUUUCCAAACUGAAGCUGGAUCUUCAGCAGCUGCAGGUCAGACAGUUUUAA